GAGAACACGAAUCGCGCGCUACGGAAGAAGCAGCAUGGGUUCGACCACGACGACGAUGAUCAGAACCGUUCCUUCAGGAUUUCAACAAAAUCUUCGAACUUCCAGACAAAUUUCCGUAACAAGCUGCCACAGUCGUGUUCUAACAUGUCGAAGCUCCACACGCAUCGAUUUCCUUAAUAUUCAGCAGCAUCUGUGUAGGAGGCUACUAUUUCCUAGUAGUUCCCAUAGGAGUGGUCUAACACGUUUGCCCAAUCGGAUAUCUGCAUCUAGUUCUGGUUUAGAGGCAUCUAUUACAGAUAAGAAGGGCAAUGCAAUACCAUUGAAAAAUGCCAAGAUAGUCAUCGAGUCUCAAGAUGAAAAUAAGAUACAAUUAAGAGUGGAGUUGAGUGGGGAUGAGACGCAAAAAGUAUUUGAUCAAGUUUUAACAAAUUUAGCUCGCGAAGCACCGCCAGUUCCAGGAUUUCGCCGGCAAAAAGGAGGAAAAACAUCCCAGGUCCCAAAGAGCUUCCUCUUACAGAUACUUGGUGAGGAGCGUGUCACCAAGUUUGUGAUACAAGAAAUUGUGAACUCAACCAUGGCUGAUUAUGUAAAGAAGGAAAAUCUGAGUGUUAAGGACCAGAAAAUCAACACAAUCCAGACAGCUGAAGAACUCAAGUCCUUGUUUAUACCUGGAAAUAAAUUCGGAUUUAACGCCACAAUCGAACUUGAAAAUUCAGAAAUUGACAAGACACCAACCGCCUGAAUCUCCUAAAUGUGAAGUGAUGAUAUAUUUUCUCCUUUAUGAAACAUUCAAUUCUUUCCAUUACACUUUCAAGGUUUUCUGCA